AGGACUAGUUCGUAUUUCUCAUAUCCCAAGUCCCAAAUCAACCACGGCCAUAUCCGUGUUUGUUCCUCUUUUUCCACUCCGGCGUCGGACGGCAAGCGAUGGGAUCACCGGCUGUGGCGGAUCUCCAGCGUUCCAACUGGCCGUCUCUCGCUCUCCUUCCCUCCUUCUUCUCUUUCUCUCCAACCGACCUACCUAUUUCUCGCCGUUCGGUGAGUAAAGAAAGAAAAGCGCGCCCUCUCUUAAUUUCAACCAGCUGCCGGUUUCCACGGGCAAAACAACAACUUAGGCUCCAAGAAGGGAAGGGUUUCUCGAUUGCUCGUAUUGGUUCCACAAAAAUUUUAGAAUUUUUGAAUCUAAGUAUCUUGCUUUUUUAGGCAAUAAUUCUUCUCCUCAUAGCGGUUUUUUUUUUUAAUCGUUGUCAUUGUUUCCUUUGAACGAAUUGGAUUUUGAUCACUUGUGACAAAUUUCUAAUUUUCUCUUACCUUUUUCACUUGUUAUUUGUGAAGAACUACUUGUUAGUUGUUCGCAAUCGUAGAAGGGGAAUUUGAAAGGGAUGAAUUUCCUUCCUGAAUAAAAUUAUUUUUACUUGGCCUGUAGGUUACUGCAUACUAAAUUAUGAAAUGAACCACGACUAGCUACGAGAUAACGAUUUUGUGGAUUAAUUCUGGGAUCAUUCCCGGCUGUUCUUUCUUAUCAUGGUCCAAUCCACUGGCAACAUGAGCGUCUACUGAUCCUCCAGGCCAACCCCUGGGAUAAUUUUUCAUGGAUCUGUCUGAAGUUGAUUUUUGAUGAAGGAUAAUGCUCGUAGAAAUUCUGAUCGAAAACAAGCCCAGCCGACUUCGAAAUAUUUUUCUCCAUGUUGAGCCUGACCUUGUUAGGAUGUAAUACUUGCUUGACCUUUGUUGAUUUUCCAAUUACGAGGCCCACCUUUUGCAUUGCCUGGUACAAAUGUGUUAUGGAUUAGACCAUAUGAAAAAUGUUCUUUAAAAAACAUUAGAAAACUGUGAUCUAGACUGAAUGGCUGAAAUGGAACUCUGUAGAUAUGGCACCCCGAUCUCUUCCUUCUUUAUCUUGAUUCACAUAUCAACGACCUUUGGUUGUUUUAAUGCUGGAUAGCGGAAUGCAUGUGAAUGCAUAUAUGAAAUCAAUGGCCUGGUGGUCUUCCCUUUUCCUUCCCAUGACUGGAAGUGAAAAUAAUUUUGAUACCUUCUCCAACUCUUGUAGACUUACUCCUAGACAAGCCUGGCAUGCCUAUGCCAAAACCCCUGGUUGCCCUAGAUCCAGAUAUAGCUCUGUGCUUGAGCUAUGAUGGCCAAACUAAGCCCCAUGUCUCUGCAUCUGAUCCUACUCCCACUGAGCUACUCUAGAGAUUUCUCGAGCCUUCCGCAUCUCAGCCACAUCCAUGUUAUCAGAAUUACUCUCCUCAUCAUCCUGACCCCCGGUCCUACACUACCUUGUAAUGCUGCUAAUACUCUUGUUACUUGUGUCAUUGCUGCUGACAUGGAUCCAUCGGGCAUUGGGCUGCCAUCUACAUCUGACUGUAUCUUCUUUGUUGCCUUCUUCAUCUCAUUCUAUUCAUCCAAGUGUUGGUUAAUCUGUGCGCUAUCAUUGUUCUGUAUUCUAUUGCAUUCUAUUCGGUAUAUGUUGGUUGAUUACAUGGGAAGAUGUUAGGUGAGAGGCGUAGGUGGUAGUAAAACAAAAUGUUAGGUUGUUAGGUUGAUUACAUGGGAAGAAGGCAGCACUCCUUUUCAAUCAUCACAUAAUCUGAAACCAAAAAACAUAUCCUACAGUAAGUGAGAAGGCAGCACUUUAUGUAGAAGAAAAUAAACUUUAGAACAAGGUCUACAAUGUCAGUGCAUCUGAUUGUAUUGAGAGAAGUAAGAAGGCAGCAUUAUCAUUCAAUGAAGGUCUGAAAUCUAUUAGUUCCUGAGUUGGAAUUAGACUACAAUCUUGUGGUACGAUAACAUACUAGCAUGUGCCUUUAUCUCUCUCUCAUUCUACUCAAUUUUUUCCUCCAAGCCACGAUUUACAAUUCACAAGUAAUCCACUUCAUAGGAAUCACAAUUCUUCUUCUAAUCCAAUUUUUUUUAGUCCCAAUCGGAUCCCAAAGCAGAAUACCGGUGCUUUCAUAUUUAGUCCCCAUCAUAUAUUCACAACACUAUGUUUUCCCUCCUUUUGUUGAUAUCAACAAUUAUGAAAUAAAAUCAGGCAUCCAAAUAACCUCAGUGGUGGUUAGACUGGACCCUCAAGCUAGUUCUAAGCCCACAUUACCACCUUCAUCAUUGGAAACCUUGAGGUUCUUUGAGGCCAUCUAACAGAUGAGCCAUAAGCUAAAGUAGAAAACAAAGAAGCAAGGAAAGAGAGGAAAAAAAAAACAAUCAAAAUUGUUAAACUCACCUCGAGCUUUCUCGUCAACUUCAAAAUAUGACCGGAACCAUCUGCCUGCAGCGAGAUCCUGACAACCAAUGUGCUGGUCCUUUGUCACCUUUGCCAUUGGAUGGGGGUGGCAAUGGAGGAGCUGAGCAAUACCGAACUUGGAAAGGGAGGGGCCUUGCUUGGAGGAGCCAGAGGCAAAGUAGCCAGAGAUGGAGGAGCUGCAGCAAUUGAUCCAAGAGAAACCCCCUUUUUGCACUAAGGGGAGAGGUGAGAAAGCCCUUUUCGUAAGGGGGAGGCUCUUCACCUUGAUGUCGAGCAGUAGGCUCUUGAAUCAGGCGAAUCAGGUGAUUCUCCUGCGGUUCAGCUACAUUCACACUCAAAAUGAGCAGGCCUGGACCAAGCUGCCUUGGUUCAAUAUGAAUCAGGCAAUCUAGUCUAAUUCACUUGGUUUUCGGAACCUUGGUAGACACUUGGACACCUAGCUGCUUCAUGACACUCCUUUUUUUUUUUGGUACAAAUGGGCGGUCACACCACUUUGGUGCAAGAGCAGCCCAAGAGAUCAGCUUCAUGACACUCCUUGACACAUCAAAACCAGAAAGCAAUGACACCAUCAUCGUUAUGCAUCAAUUUUUGGCAGUUCUACCUAGAAAUUUUAAUGUAACAUAUCAUUUAACAAAGUCCAUUGCAUUAUGAAGCAAUUGCUCCAACAAAAUAUUGAUUACAUAUAUAUAAUAUAAAAAUCUAGAAACAUAUCUAUCUUCUCUUGUCCAUCUUUUUUUUUUUUUGAAAGAGUACAUGUCCGAAUUCUGAAUCUUCCAGAUAAUUGGAAACCUGACCCCCUUGUCAUGUGUCUAGGAAUCAUUGACUCGAAGUCAAAAUGGUAGGAUCUCAAUUGGGGAUAUACGAAGUUGACAUACUUUGAUCCUUGGUCAUGCAUCAACAAACACAAUCCAUGUUGAACACGAAUUGGAAUUAGGCAUAGUAGUAAUAGAACCAUAAUUUCUCCAUUAGGGAGUAUCGGGUUAUAUCUUUUAUUUGAAUAAUCUAUGAAAAAUGAAAUAGAAAAAUUAUGAAAAGUCAUUAAAAAAAAUAUAUAGAUAUAAUUUUAAAGAAAAAAUAUCGAUCCCUAAAAAAUACAAGCCUUAUGUAUCAUAUUCAUGAACCAAGAUAUAGCAAAAGAAUAAAACAUACUGAUAAAUUAAAUUUGACUUGGUAGAAGCGUAACUAAUUUGAACAAACACUAUACUACCAAGGUCUGAAUUCUACAACAUUUUAAGCUCUGAAAUUUCUAAUAUUAGAGGAUGAUGGCUUUUAAAUGUUUAAUUUCAGAAAACUAAACAAAUACGUGUUCAACGUGCUACUUUAACUGGAAAACAAAUUGAAAGAAAAAAAAUGUGAUCUACUUUUACAUGAGAGUCUAAAGUUUUAGAAAUUAGUAAAUGGAGUUUUAUAAAUCCUGGCUUUGAUGCCUAUUUAUUUCAUGGUUUGGUAUUUGACAUUCUACUUAUAGGUAUGAAUGAUAGAAUAGAAUGAUUUGAUUUCUUUUUGUUGCAUUGUUAUGUCAAAAUCUUGAGCUAGUGGUUGAAAAAAUUGAUCCUUAUGAUCAAAUCUUUCUUUAUUCUUUCUAAAGCAUGAUUUUAAAUCUCGUGGUAUGUCCCUUUAUCAUUCACAUACUGGUAUGGUAUGAACCAUGAUAGAUAUCUCAUAGCUACUCAUGGUUUGUCAAACCAGGAUACCCCUACAUAGAUAUGGAUUGAUACAGCAUGUGAUAUGGGGUCGAUGCGAUAUGUGAUUCCUUUGGAAGAGACAAGGCCUGCUCAACAUAAAAGUGACGAAGAGGCUUCAGAGAGGCCAUUGUCACAUCUGGUAGUUGAAGGUCAGCAAUUUGUGUUAACUUGUCCAAGGAAAAUUCCAUCCAAUUAUGCCACCUUCAUUGACCUACUGAAAUCGACCUACAUUCCAGCUAAAUGGGUUCGGCUACUCGUUUUCAACAUCUUAAAGCAAUUGUUCGGCAGAGUUAAGUCCCUUGAAGCACGAAAAAGGGACCACAAACAGGCCAUGGAGCUUAUUUCUCAUUUAGCUAAAUAUGAAGGUUAUUGGGAUUUCCUUGAAAUGGGAAAACCAUCUAAACAAGGAGAAUAUUCCCAGCAAUUUAGUGGCGUUCCAAAAGUAGAGGAAAAUAAAAGCCAAGGGAAGACUGAUUCUCCCCUGGCUGAUGCUUCGCUUUCUUUGCCUCCAAAUCAAAAGGGAGAAAAAACCCAAAAGAAUGGUGACUCAAAGGAUUCUGGCGGAUUGCGAUGGAGUGAUUCACCCUUGACACUUGGUGCAAAAAUGGGCCUUCAUGAGUUUGUAAGUCAAAUCUUGAAUGAUUGCCCGGAAUCAGCAAAUUACACUAAUCCUGAGGGGCAAAAUGUUCUCCAAGUGGCAAUUCAGAAUGGUCAUGAAAAGAUUGUAGAUAUUGUGGAGUCAUUGACUUGUCAUGGAAACCCAGUCCUGCCAUCUUGGUUGUUGUCCAAGCGUGAAGAUAAUACCAACAACACUAUCCUGCAUUUUGCUGCUGAGACAACCAUUAAAGGAGGGGCUUCUGCUCUGCAAGUGCAGUAUGAACUCCAGUGGUUUGAGAGAGUGAAGAAGCUGCUUCCCAGAGAUCUACAGAAUAGCCGAAACAAGGAAGAGAUGACAGCUCAAGAGCUCUUCACCAAGAAUCAUGAGCCAAUGGUUUCGGAAUCUGGGAACCAACUGAAAGGACUAGCAGGUACAUGCUCUGGUCUCCUGGCUGCUGUAGUUUUCGCCACUAGCUUCUCCAUCCCAGAGACUUGUAAUAAAGAAGAAUUUCGCAAAAUGACUGCAUGCAAGAUAUUCCCUCAUGCAUAUGAAAUUGGACUGUCAUGUGCCACAACUUCUCUAGUUUUGUUCAUCUCUCUCCUGACCGCACGUUAUAAGGAGCAAGAGUUCCGCCGCUCCCUCCCCACCAUGUAUUUUUUAGCUAUGAUGACCUUCUUCAUGGCAUUGGUGGCUCUGCUCGUGGCUUUCUUUUGCAACAUCUACCUCAGUAUAUAUGGUGGGAAGGGCAGACUUGUGAUUCUUGCCGGUGAGCUGAUUGGUGUUCCAGUAAUUUGCUUCCUUGUGCUGUUGUUCCGCGGAUACAGAUUUCGAAGUACCUCCCUUCCACGUGUUUGGCGUUGAGAAGCAUGCUUGGAUCUUGCCGUUCGAUAAAAAAUAGUGUGGUGUGCUCAAGGCAUGAUCAGCAACUUCUUUGAGGCUUUUUAUUUUUAUUUUUAUUUUUUUGAGCUUGUUGGAGCUUUGCUGUUUGAGUCCGUCUGGUUAUUAUCCUUGUGCUGUUUGGUAUUUAAACAUUACCUAAUCAGAUGAUCUAUGUUGGAUUGAGAUUAUCCGAGUUACCUAAAUAGGGAAGAAAGAAUUUAUUUCUUCAAUUAUUAAUUUGAAUAUGCAGGUCUCUAUGGAA